CUGUCUGUUUUCUCCUACAGUGAUCUCAGUAUGAACAACAUUACUAAGCUGCCCUCAAACCCUGUGCACAACCUCCGCUUCCUGGAAGAGCUACGUCUUGCAGGAAAUGGCUUGACAUACAUUCCUAAGGGAGCAUUUGCUGGCCUUUUCAGUCUUAAAGUGCUGAUGCUGCAGAAUAACCAGCUACGGCAGGUUCCUACUGAAGCCCUCCAGAACUUGCGCAGCCUGCAGUCUCUACGUCUGGAUGCCAACCACAUCAACUAUGUGCCCCCCAACUGCUUCAAUGGCUUGGUCUCCCUUAGACACCUGUGGCUAGAUGAUAAUUCUUUGACAGAAAUUCCCGUCCAAGCUUUUAGAAGUUUACCAGCACUUCAGGCAAUGACAUUGGCACUGAAUAAAAUUCAUUACAUCCCAGACUAUGCUUUUGGAAACCUCUCUAGUUUGGUAGUUCUACAUCUCCAUAACAAUAGAAUCUACUCCCUGGGAAAGAAAUGCUUUGAUGGGCUCCACAGCCUAGAGACUUUAGAUUUAAAUUACAACAGUCUGGACGAGUUCCCCACUGCUAUCAGGACACUAACAAACCUAAAAGAACUGGGAUUUCACAGCAAUAAUAUCAAGUCAAUACCAGAGCGUGCAUUUGUGGGGAAUCCGUCACUUAUCACAAUACAUUUUUAUGACAACCCUAUCCAUCUUGUUGGAAGAUCUGCUUUUCAACACUUACCAGAACUCCGAACUCUGACUUUAAAUGGUGCUUCACAGAUAACCGAGUUUCCUGACCUGACAGGGACUACAAGUCUGGAGAGUUUGACACUCACUGGAGCACAGAUCACCUCUCUCCCCAAAUCAGCUUGUGACCAGUUACCUAAUCUCCAAGUCCUGGAUCUGUCUUACAACCUGCUGGAAGAUUUACCCUGUUUUACUGCAUGUAAAAGACUCCAAAAAAUUGACUUGCAUCACAAUGAAAUUGGUGAAAUCAAAGCAGACACGUUUCGGCAGCUGGCUGCUCUUCGGUCUCUGGAUUUAGCUUGGAACAAAAUUAAAAUUAUUCACCCCAAUGCCUUCUCCUCUUUACCAUCUCUGAUCAAACUGGAUGUGUCAUCCAACCUUUUGUCCUCUUUUCCUGUGACGGGGCUACAUGGUUUAACUCAUUUAAAAUUAACAGGAAAUCAUGCCCUACAAAGUUUGAUAUCAUCUGAAAAUUUUCCAGAACUCAAGGUCAUGGAAAUGCCUUAUGCUUAUCAGUGCUGUGCCUUUGGAGCUUGUGAAAGCCACUACAAAAUCUCCAGCCAGUGGAACAAAGAUGACAAUAGCAGCAUUGACGAUUUUCACAAGAAGGAUGCUGGGUUGUUGCAAAUUCAAGAUGAGCGUGACUUUGAAGAUUUUUUUCUUGACUUUGAAGAAGAUUUGAAAGCUCAUCAUUCAGUGCAAUGCUCACCUUCUCCAGGUCCCUUCAAACCAUGUGACCAUCUCUUUGGUAGCUGGCUGAUCAGAAUUGGAGUGUGGACUAUAGUGGGUUUGACCUUUGUUUGCAAUGCACUGGUGUCUGCUACAGUUUUCAGAUCUCCAUUGUAUAUAUCCUCCAUAAAAGUUUUGAUUGGUUUAAUAGCUAUUGUAAAUGCAUUGAUGGGUCUGGCCAGUGGAGUACUGGCCAGCGUGGAUGCAUCCACUUUUGGCAGCUUUGCUCAGUAUGGAGCACAAUGGGAAAGUGGAAUUGGUUGCCAAAUAACUGGCUUUCUCUCCAUUUUUGCUUCAGAGGCUUCCAUUUUCCUCCUCACCCUGGCUGCACUGGAGCGUGCAUUCUCUGUAAAGCACACUACAAAGUUUGAAACAAAAUCCUCCUUUGGUAAUGUAAAAAUUGCCGUUUUCUUUUGCUUUGUGUUGGCACUAAUCAUUGCAGUGAUGCCACUCCUCACUGGGAGUGAGUAUGGAGUUUCUCCUCUUUGUUUACCUCUACCAUUUGGAGAACCCACUGCGAUGGGCUACAUGGUAGCACUGGUCCUGCUGAACUCCAUUUCUUUCCUAUUAAUGACUAUUGCAUACACAAAGCUCUACUGUAGUUUAGAAAAGGGAGAAUUAGACAACAUUUGGGAUUGCUCUAUGGUCAAACAUAUAGCAUUGCUGCUUUUUACUAAUUGCAUUCUUUAUUGCCCUGUGGCCUUCUUAUCUUUUUCCUCCUUGCUAAACCUCACUUUUAUCAGCCCAGAAGUGAUUAAGUCAAUACUGCUGGUGAUUGUCCCACUGCCUGCAUGUCUAAACCCACUCCUUUAUAUACUUUUCAAUCCACACUUUAAGGAGGACUUGGGAAGUCUGCGAAAACAAACUUUGCUAUGGAGGAGAUCAAAACAUGCUAGUCUGAUCUCUGUAAAUUCAGAAGACUUAGAAAAACAAUCUUGUGACUCAACACAAGCAUUGGUGACCUUCACAAGUGCCAGCAUAUCAUACGACAUGCCUGCCAGCAAUUCACUAAUGCCAUCAUCUUAUCAAAUGACAGAAAGCUGCAAUCUUUCGUCAGUCGCGUUUGUUCCAUGUCACUAG